AUGAAAGAGGCAGCCGUUUUCCAAAUGCCAGCUCAACUGAGGCAACUCUAUGUAGACAUUUGCGUCUACUGUAAUCCUACAGACGCCGCGACUCUGUUUGAUGCCAACCUCAAUCAUCUCAUGGAAGACUUUAUUAGGAGUGGACAUGAUGCCAAUGUAGCCAAAAAUCUAACGCUGAAAUGGAUUCAGGACAAGCUACGUCUAAACAACAAGACGAUGGAAGAAUUUUCCUUGCCGGUUCCUGACUUCCAUCUCAUCAACCAACUGAUUGAAGCCCAAAUGGAAAGAAACGACGACAACGUAAGGCAACAAAAGCGAUUGAUGGGUGAAAUGAUGCUGUCUCAACUCAACGACGGUCAACGGGCGGCCUUUGAUAAAAUCAUGGCUGCUGUCAACGAUGUCACCAACACCGCACAUCCAAGACAGUAUUUCCUAGACGGCCCUGGAGGAACGGGCAAAACUUUUGUCUACAACACUCUCAUCAAUGUUCUCCAGGGCCAAGGAAGACAAGUCAUCGCAGUGGCUUCGACGGGGAUCGCGUCGACUUUGUUGCUGGAUGGUGCGACUUACCAUUCGCAGUUCAAGAUCUACCCUCCAAUUACAGAGACGACACGAUCAAAAAUCGAAGAAGGCACCUAUAAUGCGCAAAUGAUUAGGAACGCGUGUCUCAUCAUCUCAGACGAAGCCACAAUGAAGACCAACCACGCUCUCGACGCAAUCAAUCAUCUGUUCCAAACGGUGAUGAAAAAUCGUGUCGAACCCUACGGCGGUAAAGUUCUCUUGCUCGGCGGUGAUUUCAGACAGUGCCUGCCCGUUGUCCGACAUGGAAACAGAGUCCAAGUCGUUGAAGCCACCAUCAUCAAUAACGUGACUUGGCCAAAUUUCCAUCAACUUCGAUUGGUGCAGAACAUGCGCACCACAGCUGGCAGUCAAGAUUACGCAGAUUGGCUCAUCGAGCUCGGAAAUGGAAUUCUCCCUCAAAUACCGAGGCUUAACAACCCAGAUGUCAUCGAAAUUCCACAAGACUUUCUGAACAUUCAACGUAAUUUAGUUGAACACGUCUUUGGAGACCCAUCAGAUCUCUUGCAAGAUGGAGUGGUUGAUUCAAUUUCGAAUCGGGCAAUUUUAUGCCCCAAGAAUGAAGAUUGUCUUCGGAUAAACAACCAAAUCAUCACAGAGAUGCCUGGCGCACUGAAAAUUUAUAGGAGCAUCGACACCAUGGAUUCAGAGGAUCCAGAGGAAAUUGCCAACUACCCUGCGGAAAUAUUAAACACCUUUAACGUUUCUGGACUUCCUCCGCACGAAUUGAAACUGAAAACUGGAGCAUUCAUCAUUCUUCUCAAGAACAUUGACUCGCGAAAAGGACUGUGCAACGGUACGAGGUUGAUCAUCAGGGAACUUGCGCUCAAUUUGAUAGUAGCAGAUAUCGCGGCUGGAAAAAACAAAGGACACACUGUUUUUCUACCACGCAUGUCCAUGACACCAACUGACUCUGACUUGCCGUUUAAACUCAAGCGAUUGCAGUUCCCCGUACUUGUGGCUUUCGCCAUGACCAUCAACAAGUCGCAGGGACAGACUUUCGAUCGAGUCGGCAUCUACCUUCCGGAACCUGUUUUCAGCCAUGGCCAACUGUAUGUCGCAUUUUCGCGAGCCACAUCAAGAGAAGGUGUGAAGAUCGAGUGUGGUGAGUCCGAGAAACAAGGAAAGCUUCUCAAAAAUAUUCCAGAUUCAUCGGAACAAGAUAAGCAACGAGUUUUUACGAGGAACGUCGUCUAUAAAGAAGUACUCAUCUGA